AACUCUAUUAGGCAUAACCUGUCCCUGCACAGCAAGUUUAUUAAAGUCCAUAAUGAAGCCACAGGGAAGAGCUCUUGGUGGAUGCUCAAUCCUGAGGGUGGCAAAAGUGGAAAAGCACCAAGAAGAAGAGCUGCCUCCAUGGACAACAGCAGCAAACUUGCGAAAGUCAGAGGUAAAACAUCCAAAAAGAAGCCUCCUCUCCAAUCUGCUCCCGAAUCCACUGCUGACAGUCCUGGCUCCCAAUUCCCUAAGUGGCCUGGGAGCCCAUCCUCAAGGAGCAAUGAGGACUCUGACGUGUGGAACACCUUCCGGCCUCGAACCAGUUCCAAUGCAAGCACCAUUAGUGCCAGGCUCUCUCCUAUCCUGACAGAGCAGGAUGACCUCCAUGAUGAAGAGCUCCUUCCUUCUCUAGUGUACUCCAGUGCAUCCAGCAAUGUUCCGCCAACUGUGACUGAGGAGCUUGAGCUCAUCGAUGGGUUAAAUUUGAUGUCUCCCAGCUCAUCUGUGUUAUCUACCCAGCAAUCUGCCUCGAGUGGUCAGAUCCAGAGAGAUUCCAGCUUUUCCUUGCGGAGCCCAAAUGCAGCUGGUCAGACCACUACUUUUGGUAAUUCCCUGUUUAACCCUGUUGAUAUCUCGCUGCAAAGUUCUGUCAGCCAUUUCUCUGCCCCUCAGACCUUGGAAGCUCUUCUGACACCCAGCUCUCCGCCUCCAAGGGAUGUUAUGAUGACUCAGGUGGAUCCAGUUCUCCCGCAGACUGGUAACAGAAUGAGCAGCCGAACUCUUCUGCUUCUCGGUGGACAAGCCACCCAGAGUAAGAUGAGCUCAGGCAAUCCACGAGGAAAGCCUACAGACAGUUUGAAGGCUCCAGUUUCUGCAACAACUGCCCAGUCAGUCCAGCUGGGCAGUCCACUGCUUCUUUCUUCUGCUAGCCCUGCUCCCUUGGGAUUGAACCAGGAUAAGCUGCCCAUUGACCUGGACGUUGACAUGUACAUGGAGAACCUUGAAUGUGAUAUGGAUUACAUAAUCAACAGUGAACUCAUGGAUGGAGAAGGACUGGACUUUAAUUUUGAACCCAUUCUGUCUACUCCCAGCUAUCCCAGCACCUCGCAGGCCUCCAACCAUACCUGGGUACCAAGUUAA